AUGCAGUUCUCUACCAUUGCUACCUUCUUCGGCCUUGCUGCCGCCGCUUCUGCCGUCACAGUCUCCUACGACACCGGCUAUGAUGAUGGCAACCGCCUCAUGACCGCCGUCACUUGCUCCGACGGCCCCAACGGUCUGAUCACCCGCUACGGCUGGACCACCCAGGGCCAGAUCCCCACCUUCUCCAACAUCGGUGGCAUGCAGGGUGUUGGCUGGAACUCUGCCCAGUGCGGCACCUGCUGGAAGCUCGAGUACAACGGCAACAGCAUCAACGUCCUCGCCAUUGACUCCGCCAGCGCCGGCUACAACAUCGCCAAGGCUGCUCUCGACCGCCUCACCAACAACCAGGCUGAGCAGCUCGGCCGCAUCGAGGCCACCGCCUCCCAGGUUGGCCUCAGCGACUGUGGCAUCAACUAG